AUACGUAAGUUGCACCGAACAAAUUAGAAAGUUCAACAGAACAAGUUACAAAUGUCCACAGAACAGACCAUGAAGAUCUACGUUGCUCUUCUUAUCUUGGGUAUCUCUGUGGCUGUGUUUGCUGAUGAAGGCUGUCACGUAGAUGGUGAGUACUAUGUUCAAGGCGCGGCGGUGCACACAAAGUCCUUCUGCCUGACGGACUGCGUCUGCGUGACCGAUUUCUUGGAUUGCGAUGAGAGCAAAUGUGAAGCCAUGAAAGCCUGCUAUUUUGGCGGGGAGUGGAUCGCUGAAGGCAAGGGGGUCGAAUCCCCGUCUGACUGCGAGGGCUGUGUUUGUGUAGAUGGCGACAUUAGAUGUCAUCUUAGUCCUGAGUGUCUUGUAGAUGAGUAUGACACAGAGGAGUCUGCAGAAUAAUCUUCUACACGUCCACAAUCAGAUGAUGAUUAAAAGAUGCAGCAAUUCAAGAUACAAAAUGUUGAAAUAGUCUAGAACUCCCCCCCCCCCCCAUUAUACAUCAUUUAUACUUCAUUUAUACUUCAUUUAUACUUCAUUUAUACUUCAUUUAUACUUCAUUUAUACUUCAUUUAUACUUCAUUUAUACUUCAUUUAUACUUCAUUUAUACUUCAUUUAUACUUCAUUUAUACUUCAUUUAUACUUCA